AACUACAACCUUCAAGUAUCGUAUCCAAAACCCUCAGAAAUCCCAUGGUGCAAGGACCUCUGUAACACGGUGCACCUCAUUGGCAAUGUCGGCGCCCCCAUUGAAAUCAAGCACUUGCCUUCCGGUAAUGUCGUCGCCUGGACCCGACUUGCCGUAAAAAAAUCCCCUACCGACACCACAUGGAUUAAUUUGACAUUCUGGGAUGAGCUGGCGAAUACUGCGUAUCAGCAUGUCGAGAAAGGGCAACAGAUAUAUGUUUGUGGUCGUCUGGUUUUGGAUACGGUUGAAAGUGACGAUGGCAAACAGCAGACUUAUGGCAAGAUAGUUGUCCAACAAAUAAAUUUUGUCCAAAGGAACUCCUCCUCAGCGGCUUCAUAUGAUCGUGGCUUUAGUGGGAUGUCAAAUAGGAAAUUUGGUAACAAUUGUGCGAAUAAUAUGGGCUCUACUGUGGAACUAUGGCAAGCUUUUUUCGCCAAUCCUACAGAAUGGUGGGAUAAUCGGAAGAACAAGAGGAGCCCAAAAUCUCCAGAUUUUAAGCACAAGGAUACCGGGGAAGCUCUGUGGGUUGAAGGUAGGAAUAAUCCACGCUGGGUGAAGUCCCAAUUGGCAAUACUAGAUUCUAGAAUAAGCUCUCUUCAAGAUGAGGAUGAAAGGAUGCAUGCUUCCAUGGCUGGUGAUGAUCUCAUGCCUUUCUAAUGGUUUAUACAACUGUAUUUAUGAUGUUGCUAUAAGAUGAUUAACCUUGACAUGGUGCUCACACUUUGCAUGAGGAAGUUUUUGUCCUUUCAGAUGUAUAUUCUGUUUGUAAAAUAUUGCAUCUUGUGCAAAAUCUAGUUUUAUCUGCUCUUAUAUGACUUUUUCAAUUUCUGAAAUAUUAUUAAUUAUGUUUCUUAGUGGGAUAGAUUUGUCCAUUGGUAGCCUUCCAUGAAGAAAUUGAUGAUUCACUAUUAUUCUGAUAAUGCGGCAAGCAUGUUAUGCAUGAGCACUGGCUAAAUGAUACUAUCUAAAUUGAAGAGCAGAAAUAAUAACUUAAUAAAGUUCUUUUUUCCUGCAUUCUUUCCUCCUCUCAAGGUACCUGGACUGGAUGAUAGAUAUUGAAACUCUACCACAUUCUACUGGCUUUAUUUUGUCCAUUGGAUCCCAAGUGUGAUCCACAAUCUAAAUCUGUAUUCUUUCGAUCAAUUUAUGCGUAAUAUGGCUUUUAAAUUUAAUUGAAUUGCAUCCCCCUUAUGUUUUUAGCCACCAGUUUAAACUUAUUCUUGUAUUGUGAUCUUUGAAAAUUUUUAUGCAAAUAACAGAACUUCAAUCUCAGUUUUAGCAACGUUUUUUUUUGGUCCACGCCGUUCUGAAUUCUAGACAUAUUUUCUUCUUUUGACUAAUCAAGGGAUUGAUUUUUCUUUAUUUUUUUCUUCUUUGGGUAAAAUAAGGGAUUGCCUUUCUUUCUUUCUUUCUUUCUUUCCUUUCCUCCUCUAACCCUCACGACUUCCUUCAGCUGCUGUAGAAUAUUGCUUAGUUAACUGUUCUGAAAGUCUACGAUGAUGAAUCAAGCAGGAGGAGUAGACAACUUUAAGAAUACGUGGUUAUUCAUAAGGAAUCCUAUUGACCAAGCGUUUCUCUCCGAUAACCAAAAUUUUGUUAUCAGGAAAGAAACUGUUGCACAUGUGAGAAAUUAAGGGUUUCUUUUUAUUCCAUCAAAAAAUUUUAACCAAUUUUUCAAAUGAAACAGAACCAUUUAGGAGUUAUAAAUAUUCAACGUCGAAAACCUGGAAACAGGUUGAAUUGGAGACGAACAUAGAUUUGAUAUCGUUUCCAUGAAAUCGUAUUUGGAAAUAUCAGCUCACCCACAAUUAUAAGGAGAC